AAAUGCACUCGCCCUGGCAUGUCUCCCACAUAUUUUACUCUUAGUCCAGCAUAUGGAAGGGAGAUGGAUCUUGAGCAUUUGCAUCGUCCUCUUCACUGCAGCACUAUGGCGAUUCGUGACGGUCUACUGGUGGCGCCCCAGGGCGAUCGCGGCGCAGCUGAAGAAGGAGGGCAUUCAGGGGCCUUCACCCCGAUUCAUGGUAGGUCAAAUAGCUGAAAUCCAGAACAUGAGGAGCGCCAUCAAGGAUCACGACAUGGAAAGUUUCAGCCACGACAUCUUCCAUCGGGUACAUCCUGCGUUGCUCAAAUGGCGGAAGCAAUAUGGGAAGAGAUUUGUGUUCUGGUGGGGAACUGAACCAAGGAUAUCGGUCUCGGAGCCUGAGAUCGUAAGGGAGGUUUUGUCUAAGAAGUUUUCUCAUUUUGAUAAAUCGGAGGCCCGGCUGCGGUUCACGAACUUGUUCCUUGGUCGUGGAUUGGCUUCUGUUACUGGAGAGGAAUGGAGUCAUCACCGCCGACUCGUAGCACCGGCAUUCUUUCAUGAACGUAUUAAAGUGUUUCUGAUUCUCCUGUACACAGAAAAUGACCGGUACCAAUCGCGGGGUGUGCAUCUCGCAUGCUUGAUCAAUGUGAAGCUACGAUGCAGCAGAAUCCCGAGAUUGAAAUCUCUGGAGAGGUGCGUAAGCCAGAGAGUUUUCGAGAUAUUGUCUAAGAAAAUCCCAGAGCUACUGCCCAAACUCGUCAGCUUUUCGUGGAUUCCAGGCUUCAGGUUUCUCCCACUUCCAAUCAACCUCCAACUGUGGAAGCUUCAUCAGGAGUUGGAUUCUGUGAUCACUGGGAUCAUAGACGAGCGUCGGAACUCAGUGAAGUCAGGGGGGAGCAAUACAUACGGGAAUGACUUACUCGGACUGAUGCUAAAGGAGUGUGACAGCAGCAGUAAUUUCACAAGCAGGGAUCUGAUAGAGGAAUGCAAGACAUUCUACAUUGCGGGGCAUGAGACCACAGCCACCUUACUAACCUGGACUUUGAUGCUACUGGGAGGCUAUCCUGAAUGGCAAGAACGAGCCCGUGCUGAGGUACACGAAGUAUGUGGCAAUGAGAUUCCUGAUGGCGAGAGUGUCAGCAGGCUCAAGCUCGUGGGAAUGAUCCUUUACGAAACUCUGCGUCUGUAUCCACCAGCCAUCGAGAUGACCAGGGAGUGUGUGGAGGAGUCUUGGCUGCAAGAUUUACACGUUCCAAAAGGAGUAUCUGUGUCGUUUCCAAUCAUUGGAUUGCAUCAGGAUAAGGAGCUCUGGGGAGAAGAUGCAGGCCAAUUCAAUCCGGAUCGCUUCAAAGAUGGGAUCUCAAGUGCGUGCAAGCAUCCCAAUGCUUUCAUGCCGUUUUCGUUUGGGCCGCGGGUGUGUGUGGGCCAGGCGUUUGCGAUGAUCGAAGCCAAAGUCAUUCUGGCUAUGAUACUACAGCGAUUCUUGUUCCGGCUUUCACCGAACUACCGCCAUAAUCCUGUGACGAAGUUUGGCUUGAAGCCUAUGCAUGGAGUGCCGCUUGUACUCAGUAAAAUGUGAUGCAUGUUUGUGGCAUUAGAAGUUUUAAAAAGUUAUUCUUGUUGAACUACUCUGAGUUCUUAAACCAAACUGGUUGAUAAA